UUUCAAUACAAUUUUCAAUACAUCGUUUACUUGUCGUUUUCGCUGUGGCAAACUAUUUAACACCACCAUACCUGAUGUUCUAUAUUCUAUCAUGUUUGAACAAUUUAUGUGAAUAACCCUUGUCCUUCUUAUCAAAUCUGUAUUUCACAAUUAGCUUUGUUGUUGAAAAGUCUUAAUUUGCACUUAAACUUGUAUACAUUUUAAAAUGGUGUACACAGUCCUUCGAUCAAAAUUGUUUGAGAUUUCGAAGUUUACCGUGGUUUUUAUGCAACAGUCGGUUUUGAUGACGACUUGCUUAAGAGCGACAUCAUCUCAAGAAGGGUUACCUCUUUUAAAAAGCCAAUUUAAUGGAGUGCCAUGUCCAAAAUACAAAAGAUGUAGAAGUUUUACACGAUAUGGAAGACCAUCUGAAAAGGCACCAAAAAUUUCUCCUCAGCAGGCCACAACAAUUCUGCAAGCAAAUGAAAAAAUGUAUGAAGUAAUAAAGCCUGGUAGUGUACUUAAGUCGAUAGAUUGGAAUCAAUUGGCCUCCAACAACCCCCUUGAAGAUAGCAUUGCAAUAGCAAAACUCUGUGAUAACCGAAGUUAUCUACUGGGUGUUUUUGAUGGUCAUGGUGGCCCUGCUUGUGCAAGAGUUUUGGCCAAGCGCCUCCUCUCUUACAUUGCGGCUUCCCUCCCGUCACAGCACGUGUCAAGCCUUUUGCUUGAACAAAUGACUCCUACUACAGAAUUCCGUCCGGAAAUCGAGUCCCUCUAUGCAUAUGAAUUUAAUCAGUAUCACGCCUCUGUGAGUUACUUGCGGGAUACCUUAUCCAAUGACGAAUCUCAGUGUAGUAUCAACAGUACCGAGCGCGCGCUUGUUACGGCCUUUGAUGCCAUGGAUCAACAGUUAAGCGAGGAAGCUUUGGCCUUUCUACUUGGACCUGAGAUGGGGGAUAUUCUUCAACGUGUUCCACGAUGGGAUUGGAAACCUUGGUGGGGAGAUGCCUUUCCCAGUCGAGACAAAGUUCUUCAGCUUAGCACUUUAUCGACAGCGAUGAGUGGUUCUGUUGCAACGGUUGCCCACAUUUCGUCAAAUAACUUGGUUUUAGCCAAUACAGGCGAUUGUCAGGCCGUGUUGGGUUAUCUCAGUGAAGAUGGUUCCUGGGGUGCACGUAAACUGGGGAAAGAGCAUACAUCUGAAAAUGCAGCUGAAGUUGAGAGGUUGUAUGGUGAACACCCACCCAAUGAGCGUGACACCGUUUUGCGAAUGGAUCGCUUACUUGGUCAAUUGAUGCCUUUGAGAGCUUUUGGCGACUUCCGUUUCAAAUGGCCUCGGCACGUUCUCGAAAAGUGGGUGAUUCCGAUCCUCGGGGAGUCUGCCUUACCUUCACAUUAUAAAACGCCUCCUUACCUCUCAGCCCGACCCGAAAUCAUCAAGCAUACUCUUAGUCCUCGAGAUAAAUUUGUCGUCAUUGCAUCUGACGGCUUAUGGGAUCUGCUCUCGCCUACACAAGUUGUCCGCUUGGUGGGAGAGCACAUGUCGGGAAGAGUCGCGCUGGGUCCUCUCACUCUUCCACCGGGUGAUGUUACCUUGGAAGAAAUCAACAACAUGCUGCAGCAGCGAAGAGAGGGAUUAUCGAAGAGACCAUUGGACACCAAUGCAGCAACACAUUUGAUUCGGCAUGCUUUAGCUUCGACAGAAACAGGAUUGGAUCCUGAUCGUCUCUCAGAGCUCCUUUCGUUGCCAGAUGACGUUGUUAGGCUUUUCAGAGAUGAUAUCACCAUCAUUGUAGCUUACUUCGACACUGACUACCUACUGAAAUCUCUUCCCCAAACAAAUCAGGAAUAGAAUUUUGUUUGUGACACAACGUAUUGCGUGAGUACUCGUUCUUUAUCUCUUAUUCAUUCAUUGUAUCGAGACUGUCAUAUUUUAAUCAUAUCCUAGUCAGCGAGCCCUUUCUCCACCUCGGCAUCUGAUCUGAGGUUGUUUUUUGUUUAGAAUGUAAAUACAACUGAUGGAAACACA